AUGGCUCGUUCAGCCCCUUCUGUUACCUUUGCUUUCGGUUCGGACGCGCAGGUGACUCUCCCUGAGUCCCUGCGCGCUAGUCCGCCAGUGGGAGGAAUCACUUUUGGUUCCUUCAUUGACUCGGCCUUCGUCACUCUUGGCGGGCCGACCCCGACGGAGGCAGCUGCAUUCUCUGCUCCUCAGAGGAGAGGACGCGCAGCCAUGCGCCCUUUCGGACGACCAGCUGCUCGGCGAACAGCCCGGGCACCUGCUCGUCCCGUUCAUGUACUUGCGCAGCCAGUGCGCGCUGUGGCUAGGCGACCAGUGCCUAGGCCACACCCUGUUCCAGUUCGUCCUGCGGUUAGGCGUCCAGUGCCUGCCGCUCCUGCUGCUCAGGUUGCCCCGGCCCCUCAGCGCCGGCAGCCUGCUGCAGUUGUUCCACCUGUUCGUGCAGCGGUCAGGCGACCUGCGCCUACCGCUCCUGUUGCACAGGCUGCCCCGGCCCCUCAGCGCCGGCAGCCUGCUGCCGUUGUUCCGGCAGAAGUACCUCGCGUACGGGUUCCCCCUCUCGCAUCCACUAGGAAGAGGGGUGCCCAGACUGAGGUGCCUUCGCCCUCUUCUGGCCGGGAUUCUGUUUUUGCUCGGCUUUCUCACCCCGAGACUGCCGGGCAGACCCCGGCACUUCCAAUCGUCCCUGUUCCCCCUGCCACCUAG